CUCUCUCUCUCUCUCUCUCUCUCUCUCUCAAGUCUCAACAGUCCCGCCUUCCACUUCCCCUUCCCCUUCCCUUCUGACGCAAUUGAGUUCCGACUUACCUCGAAGCUCGAUUUCUGAAGUCGAACUUAGUAGAAUAAAAUAUCAUCUGGCAUUGUUAUUUUUUUUCUCAUCUUACUUGGAAAUCCGAAGAACUUGAUCAAGAUGGAAGAUUAUAUGCUGACGAUGAAGCUGUUGCGCUCUCAAAUGAACGAUUUGGAAGAUCAAGUAGUGACGAUCGCAGUCGAAGAACAAAAACACAUUACGGAGAUUCGCAACAUGGAAAAAGACCUCGAUUUAGUGAAAUCUGAAACGAUACGUGUCAAAGAGGAGAUAGAACGGAUGAAGAAGGCCAAAGGUCAGACAUGCUCCCAGAUUUUGGAAAAGCAGAAGAAGAUUGCAUCUCUACAAACCGAUACGUCCACCACUUCACAGGCUCUGGAGCUUAUUAAUCAAGAGAGGACCAGUUUAUCUGCUAGAAUAAACGAAAAAAGAUCUUACUACACAAAGGUCGUGGAGGAAAUGAAUUCCAAAUUACAGGAACAACAGGAGGAUUGGAUGCGCUCUAAUAAGCUCCACAUGGGAGAGGUUGGAUUGGUUGAGGGAAACACUGGUGAGGCUAAAGGAAAAUUUGAAGACAAAUCUACUACCAGAACGCAUACCAUUGCUGAAAAUCUGAAUUUCAAGGACUUGAUGACCAAGGUGGAUGCUGCAACAGCUAGGCUCGAUGAGAUAAGUGCAAAAAAAUCGGAUCUUGUUUUGAAGAACAGUAAGAUGCAGGAGUCUAUUAAGCAAUUGCAGUGCAGGGCUGCCGAGUUUCCUUCUGUGUUAAGGGAAAUGGACAUGCAAGCAUUGGAGGAGGAACUCAAAGCCCUAUUGUCUGAUAAAGAAGCUGAAACAGAGUACUUGCAUUCUCUGAAGGACAAGAUUGAACAACUGAAGGGCAUUUCACAGCUGAUCAGAUGUGCUUGUGGGGUGGAAUACAAGGUGGAAAUGUAGCUCUAAGGCUGAUCAAGCACAAAUACCUAGACGCUUAAACAACUCCAAAGAUGAAAGAAAUCCACAGCUCUGAUCCGAACAAAUAUACUUGAUAUUUGACAAUUGAAAUUACCAAAUGUGCAGUUUUGAAAAGAGACUGGAAGGUUUAUAUAAACCAAUGUAAGAACAGAAAAGGAUACUACAUUACAUGAGAAUGCUAUUUUCUAACAAAGUCGGAUUCAUCUAAA